AUUCUAUAUAUUUUUAUAGAAUUUCACCCUAUUCUGCUUAAAUAAUAUGUAAAUUAAGACAUUUUAUCAAUUUAUUUUGAUAUAAAAUUUCUAUACUAUUAGUUACUGUAUUUUUUUACCAUGUUGUCCAAAUUAUCACCCAUCAACCCCGCCUCAAUCAGGAAAUAUGGCUCAUCCAUUUUCGGUCUUUUAAAUAAAAGAAACCUCAAUGCCUCAAUUUCAUUCUACACCACGCAUUCUAAAAGACCUGAAAAUCCAAGAGUAUUCAAUGAUCCCUCGGAGGUCAAGCCAUAUGUCCAGGGACUCAGAUACACUGAGUUCACAACUGAGCUGGAAAUGGUCACAGAUUCUCAAGUUAUGCCCAUCUUUCAAGUCAUGAAGACCGACGGAACAUUACAUGAAGGGCACAAAUCACCCUUUGAAUCCGACGAGAAGGUUAAGGAAUACUUGCAGAUAAUGGUAAAACUGAAUGUUUGGGAUAACCUCUUUUAUAACAUCCAGAGACAGGGGAGGAUUUCAUUCUAUAUCCAAAACCAGGGUGAAGAAGCCACUCAACUGGGAGCGGGCUUAGCUCUCCAGCCUCAAGACCAUUUGUUCUGCCAAUACAGGUACUUUACUAAAGACUAUAAGAAUUUUAGGGAGUUGGGAGUUAUUUACGUUAAGGGUUGCACCGAAGACGACGUUCUUGCACAACUUUUCUCAACACACAAAGAUGAGGGUAAGGGUAGGCAGAUGCCUAUUUCCUACUCAAAGAAGGAAGUUAACCUUCACACCAUUACCACUCCACUCUCCUCUCAAAUCCCACAAGCAUCAGGAUCCGGCUAUGCCCUUAAGAUGCAAGGAGCCGAUGCAGUGGCCAUGGUGUUUUUCGGAGAAGGAGCAGCUUCUGAAGGAGAUUGCCAUGCAGCAAUGAAUUUUGCAGCAGUGCGUCAGGCUCAGACUAUUUUUGCUUGCCGAAACAACUCAUACUCCAUUUCUACCCCCGUUAGAGACCAGUACAUUGGAGAUGGUAUUGCAAUUAGAGGUGUUGCACUAGGUAUUCCUUCCAUCAGAGUUGACGGGAAUGAUCUUUUUGCUUCUUACAUGGCCACCAAAUACUGCAGAGAGUACUGCGUUAAACACUCCACUCCAAUCGUGAUUGAGUACAUGACCUACAGGAUUGGGCACCACAGCACCUCAGAUGAGUCCUCACAGUACAGAGGAAAGGGCGAGUUUGAGGCAUGGGCAAUGGAUGGAGUUAACCCAAUAAAGCGCCUUGGAUUAUACCUUGAAUCUAAAGGCCUGUGGUCUAAGGAGGAGGAAGCUGCACUCCGAAAGUCCGCAACUUCCUACAUGCUCAAAAAAAUCAAGGAAUAUGAAAACACCAAGGCAUAUGAGCUCCUUCCAGGACUAUUUGAUGACGUCUAUGACGCCCCUCACCCUGACUUAUUGGCACAAAGGAGGGAACUUAAGGAGCACUUGGAGAAGUAUAAGGACAAGUACGAUCUUUCCAAGUACAGAGGGUUAGGAGAGUAAAACUAUAUCAGAAACUAAGUUCUAUGUUCAGUAAUUAAUGUUUAACCUCCAAACCUAUGAUAAAUUUACUGUAAAGAAGACAAAUUAUUCUGUAACGAUAAUCUGUUGUUAAA